AUGGAUUUAACAACAACUGACAAAAUACUUGCCAACACCACCGCAAACGAAACAAUUUCGGGGUUUUUUGAUGUAGGUGAAAGUGACGGAGCGUUCCUAAUGAUUUGUGCAUUUUUGUUUGUCACUCGUCAAACCGGACUCGCGCUGCUCCAGUCGGGAUUUGUAGACCAGAAAAACGAGGUCGACGUCAUGAUUCGGAAUAUCGUUGAUAAGUUUCUGGGAGGUUUUUCAUACUGGCUGUUUGGAUUUGCAUUCAUGCUAGGCAAGAGCAAAUUGCAAAAUCCUUUCAUCGGACUAGGGCGUUUUGCAGUGGAUGUUUCGGUGCAAGAUUCUCUGAUGGGCCAAGUGUUGGUGGUUUUUCUUUUUGAACUGACAUUUUCCACUAUCGUUACCAGCAUUGUUGGAGGAGCCAUCGCUGAAAGGUGCAACUUCAAAGCGUAUUGCUUGUUCUCUUUUCUGAACACCAUCGUGUACUGCAUUCCGGCUGGCUGGGUUUGGGGCGAGCACGGAUUUCUGAACAAAUUGGGCGUCGUAGACAUUGCCGGCAGUGGUCCGGUGCACGUCAUCGGCGGAUCUUCGGCGUUUGCGUCGGCAGUUAUGCUUGGUCCGCGUUUGGGACGUUAUGCCCACGGUACGGAUCCCCUCCCGAUGGGAAAUCCGGUGAACGCUUGCAUGGGACUGUUUGUGCUUUGGUGGGGCUGGUUGGCGUUCAAUUCCGGAAGUACGUACGGAGUUAGCGGCUUCAAGUGGAUUUACGCAGCGAGGGCAGCUGUAAUGACCAUGAUGGGCUCGUUCGGAGGAGGAAGUUUUAGCAUUGCAUAUUCGAUGAUUCGUAACAAAGGUGGCAUGGACAUCGUGGACCUUAUCAAUGGAAUCUUGGCGUCGCUGGUUUCCGUUACGGCAGGAUGCUUCCUGUAUCAUGCCUGGGAAGCAAUUCUCAUAGGAGCUAUUGGUUCAGCGUUGUGUUGCUUGAGCAUGCCCUUGUUCGACAAAAUGGGAGUGGAUGAUCCUGUGGGUGCCAGCGCAGUUCAUGGAGUGGCAGGAGUGUGGGGGGUACUUGCCGUAGGAUUCUUUGCUGAUAAUCCUAUACCACUGGGAACCACCAACGGAAGAUCGGGAUUGUUCAGGGGAGGCGGCUGGUAUCUGAUCGGAGUGCAAUCCCUUUCAGCACUAUGCUUGAUGUGUUGGGCGAUUUGUGUCACGUUCGCGUUACUCUGGAUCAUCAAUAAGAUCGUGCCUAUUAGGAUGGAUCCAAAUGAAGAGCUUCUGGGAGCUGAUCUUAUGGAGCAUAGAAUAAGACAUUCACAGAUUGGAAUUUCUCGAGCUCUAUCGGCGUUAGCACCCUUGAAAGUUGAUUUGGAUGACGUACAAAAAGCACCGCCAAUUGGACGCAAUCCCGGCCACGAACAGUGCAUCGAUGAGAUACGUGCUGCUAGUCAAAAGUUGUACGAGUGGCGAUCCUUCAUGGAAAAGGUUUCCCCACAGAAGAAGUUGGCAACGGAUGUGGCGGCUACUGAAAACAUAGCUGGCAAUAGAGAUUCUUUUAAGCUGGGUAACAAAAAACGCAAUAAAAAUAAUACUCAAGCGCUCGGUUUAAGCGGACGAUACAAAAACACUAUUGGUGGACCCACUCAACCGUACACCAUUGCUGGGCCUAUCGACGAGAAUCAAGCGCAGAAAAAUGAUCCAAAUUUCGCUUGGAUCGAUUAAUUACUCAUAGCUGGUCUACAUAAGAAUAUAAUGCUCAACAGAAUUUUGAAGAAUGUAUAAUUGUUGACGCUUUUAGUUUUAAGUUACAAUCAUA